UUUUCACCAGAUACCUUGAAAAUGACUUUUAUGCACAAUAUAUUUACUUCAUAUGCAACAAGGUUUCUUUUUGCAUUCUCAAUAUGGAUGGAAACCGAGAAAUAUCAUUCAUGAUCAUUCUCGAUAUCUUAUGCAAGUUGGCCUUUCGAUCCCGAUGUAAAUUAUUUGCAAUUUGGGCAUGAAUAAAACCAAAAUUAUGUUCUAUGAAUGCAGGUCCUUGAAGUCCUCUGCAAAAGACAACCAGGUAGCUGUAUGAAAAAGAAAUCAGGAACAAGGCAAACAUGGACUACUGGAAACACCAGAGGUGGAAUCAGAUGCCUAGUGGUACAUGUAGUAAGCAUAACCGGUAGAUCGGUCACAUCCGCCACCAGCCCUUCUUAAUUAAUCAGAAUACAAAGCCUGGUAGGCCAAUAAAGGAGCACAAUUUUUGCCCAUGGGAAUUCCAACAGACUGUUGGAAGACCUAGCUGAUUUCCAAAGAAUCCAUAGAUAUUGUCAAUGAGAAACUCCAGCAUCUUCUUGAUAUCUGCUCCAGAGUACUUGACGUGUAUGUUACAUCAGUUGAUGUUAGAGUCCACUAGCCUUGUUGAUGUAGAUAAUGAAGAUAGAUAAAUCACGGUCGCAGAAACUCAGGUGAACCUGUGACAUGAUAACAGUAUAACAGGACAGACUUAAAGUUGUGUCACUCAAUCAUGGAUAAGCUGGUUAUUACUUUAACAUGUUUAUUUCUUGCAGGCGUGCAUGGUCGACCCAAUGUUGUGGAGUUUACACAACCAGAACCACAAUGUGGAUACAGGAGUUGUCCUGCCACGGACCCCACCAUGCUCAAUGUUCAUUUGGUUCCCCAUACACAUGAUGAUGUGGGAUGGCUGAAAACUGUGGACCAGUACUUCUAUGGUUCAAGGAAUGACAUCCAGCAUGCAGGUGUGCAGUAUAUUCUGGACUCGGUGAUUCCUGAGCUCCUCAGUGAUCCCAGUAAGAGGUUUAUCUAUGUGGAAAUUGCAUUCUUUGCUCGGUGGUGGAGGGAACAAGAUGGGAUUAUGAAGGAAAAUGUCAUGAAACUUGUGAAUGAAGGUCGUCUGGAGUUUGUAUUGGGAGGAUGGUGUAUGAAUGAUGAGGCCAGUACACACUAUAAUGCCAUGAUAGACCAGCAUACCCUGGGCUUCUCCUUCCUGGAGCAGGAGUUUGGCGGAUGUGGACGCCCCAGGGUCGGAUGGCAGAUUGAUCCAUUUGGUCAUUCCAGAGAACAGGCUUCCAUGUUUGCUCAGUUUGGGUUUGAUGGACUUUUCUUUGGUCGUCUGGAUUAUCAAGACAAAGACACAAGGCUUAAGCAAAACAAUAUGGAAUUUGUGUGGAGGGGUAGUCCAAAAAACUUAGGUGAAACUUCUGAGCUUUUUACUGGAGUUUUGUACAACCAUUAUGUUCCUCCUCCUGGGUUCUGUUUUGACGAGUUUUGUAAAGAUGCACCAAUCAUGGAUGAUGAAAGAAUGAACGAUGUCAACAUUCAGAGUCGAGUUCAAGACUUUAUCAAAGUUGUCAAGGACCAAGCCCAGCACUUCCACUCCAACAACAUAAUGAUGACCAUGGGGAGUGACUUUCAGUAUGAGAAUGCUCACACCUGGUACAAGAACCUCGACAAACUCAUCAAAUACGUGAACCAACAGCAGAGUAAUGGCAGCAACAUCAACCUAUUGUACUCCACUCCUUCUUGUUACCUCUUCAAUCUCAACCACCUGAACCAAGUCUGGAAUUCCACAAAAGACGAUUUCUUCCCCUAUGCCAGCCGAGAAAACACUUUUUGGUCUGGAUAUUUUUCCAGCAGAGCUGCUCUAAAAGGAUAUGCUCGUAAAAGUAACAACCUUCUACAGGUAUGCAAACAGUUGGAUGUUCUUGCAAACCUCAGCAGUCCGGUUUCUUUUGCCACUGAGAACCUACGUAUCUUUAAGGAAGCUCUUGGAGUUGUUCAGCAUCAUGAUGGAAUUUCAGGGACAGAAAAGCAACAUGUUGCAGAUGACUAUGCUCAGAGACUAGCCGUAGGUGCCGAGAAAUGCCAGCAAGUAGCAAGUGCAGCCUUUGAGAAACUCUUACCAAAAGGUUCUGAGAAAGCCCCCAAACAGGUCUACUGUACUUUGACUAACAUCAGCUACUGUAACUUCACUGAGCACCAAAAACAGUUUAUGAUGACUGUAUACAAUCCAUUGGGUCACACAGUCACAGACUUUGUACGGAUCCCUGUGCUAGCAGAGUGGUACAGAGUGGUGGAUCCAAAGGGUUUGAAUGUGACAGCACAAAUGGUACCAAUAAGUGAUGAAACCAAGAAAAUUCCAGAGAGAAAUGGAUCUAUUGCCAUGAAUGAGCUGGUCUUUAUGGUGGAAGUGCCACCCCUGGGAUACAGCACUUACUUUAUUAUUGAAGCAAGUCAUCAGGAAGAAGCUACAUCACAACCAAGUCAAAUAGUCCCACUCUCUAGUGACGAGUUAGAAAUUCCACUGUACAUAGAUAAUGAUCAAUACUUGGUUCUUUUGGACAACAUUAAAGGGAACACAAUGGGAUUUACAAACAAGAAAAAGAACAUAUCUAUACCUCUUCACCAGGGCUUCUGGUGGUACGAGGCUUACGGUGGCAACUGCAGCAAAGGCGAGUUUCAGGCCUCUGGUGCAUAUGCACUCAGAACUAAAGGAGGACGUCAAUUGGUCCCAGAUACAACUAUGAAACUUGGGUCUUACAUACUAACGGGAGAGUUGGUGCAAGAGGCUCACAUGAUUUUUGGACCUGAGGCAUCGGAAGUGAUUCGACUGUACAACAAUAAGCCAUAUGUGGAGAUCGAGUGGACAGUGGGACCCAUCAAUAUUAAAGACAAACUUGGCAAGGAGUUCAUAACUUUGUAUGAUACACAGUCUAUGGAAACUGGGAGUCUGUUUUACACAGAUGCAAAUGGGAGAGAAAUCUUAGAAAGAAGAAGAGAUCACAGAAAUACUUGGAAUUUUAACAACACAGAGCCUGUAGCAGGCAACUACUACCCGGUCAACAGUCGAAUCUUCAUACAGGAUAAAACCAAUAAUCAACAGCUGACAGUGAUGACAGACAGAUCUGAAGGUGGAAGCAGUCUGGAGUCUGGCACACUGGAACUCUUGGUUCAUAGGAGGUUGUUGUAUGAUGACCAUUUUGGUGUUGGAGAACCGCUGAAUGAGACAGGGGCAGAUGGACAAGGACUUGUAGUCAGAGGGAAGCACUUGGUGAUUUUGGACACUAUUGAGGAUUCCCCAUCUCUCCACAGAAGUCUGGCUCUACAGAUGUACAUGGCCCCCUCUCUGUCAUUUUCCCAGCUUACAAUGACGCCUGAACAAGCCAUGUCCAAAUAUAAUACCCAAUGGUCUGGUUUGAAAAAGUCCCUUCCAGCUAAUGUUCACAUGUUGACCUUGGAACAAUGGAGUACAACAUCCAGUAUUGAGCCGAUAGAAAUUCCACAGAUUCUGAUCCGAUUUGAGCACAUAUAUGAAAAAGAUGAGGACCCUGUCUUAUCACAACCAGCAGUGGUAGAUUUGACUGAUUUCACCACAUUUAGAAUUGUUACAAUGCAAGAAUUUACAUUAGGGGCCAACUUUCCAUUGGCAGAACUGAACAGGUUACCAUGGAGAUACAUACCAGACAAUAAAGAGGAAUCCCUCAGCAAGGAGAAACUAUUGAACACAGCAAUCCCACACUCCAGUGUCCCUACCACCCUGUCUCUACAGCCCAUGCAGAUCCGCACCUUCGUGGCUACACUGCAAAGACUACUAUAAUUCCCAGAAUUCAACAGACCUAUUACACUGGAUAAACUACUUUAACUCCCAGAAAUCAACAGAAUACAUAAAUACUACUACCUUCCAGAAAACUACGGAGUUUCCCAGAGUUUUACAGAACAUUUUAUAUAUGAAGCAAAGUAUUACAUGUAUAUAUAUCUGCCAUCUUCCAUGUGGUGUUUUUUCCAUACUAUGAAAUUAUCAUCAAUAUCAAUAUGUGUAUGUUCAAAAAUGAAUAUGUUUUUGCUUUUAAACUGAA